UUAUAUUUCUCUCACCUGCAAGAGUGUAAAGUUAGUUUUCCUUUUCUAUCGUGAGUUUUCCUUUUCUAUCGUGCGUUUGCUCUGUUUGAUGAAAUGUCCCAUAGAAACUUCUACUUGCUAUUUAGUUCAUUCCCUAAAGUUUUCUGCGUUUUGCACUUAUUGGGUCUCACUAGUGCUAACAAUCAUAGCAGAAAAGUUUGCGUUAGAGGAACUGAAAUUUCAUCUUGGAGCAACUGUUCUUGGGGCUAUAUACGGUGCCAGAAAGAGUCUUGGUCGUUAAUGUAUUUACCAUUUGAAUCAUGAUGUAGCCUGAUACCUUGGUAAAUGGGUAAACAAAAUUGUUGCAGCCGAGGACAAAUGGUUCGGAUAAGCUUAAGUUUUGUUUAGCAGAGUUCAUGAGUGAAGGGUUAUUGAAUAGACUUUCGGACCGAUAAAAAAACCUAUUCAAUAUUUUUCCGCAAAGAUAAGAUAUUUCUUGAGCUCUAAACUUUGAUUGCACUGGAAUUAUCGGUGAACGGUUAUCGAUUGCACAGGAAUUUUCGGUGUUUGAUAUCUUCUUCCUUGAAGUGGGAAUUUUAUGCCUGUAUGUUUUUGCUCCAGUGCUUGUUUUUAAGCAAUCAAUGAAGUCUCUCACUUCUUCUCUUCAUGCAGACUUCAGUCACUGGUCAAUGCAGUUGAAAUAUAAGACUCAAAUAAAGAUAACUUAGAUUUUAAGUAAACAGGCAUUGGAAGAGCUGAGACAUUGAAUACGGCUCAACCACAAAUAGAGCUCUUCGUGAAGCAGAGUCUUCUUGGAGAUUUCGCUUCAGGAGAUUCAAUGAUUUAAUGCACUCCAGGUGCGAGACGUAUAACAUUUUUCUUGUCUGCACCUAGCUGUAGAACCUCAGAGAAUUUCAGGACACUGAGGCAUUGAGAUGUGGUUUCGUGGUCGGAAACCCCUUGAAUAUCUGGAUAUUGUGGGAAGGUUUUCUAGAUCAUCAAGCAUUUUGCAGAUGCGCUUUUCAUCUGAUAUUCCUUGCAAAAAAUCAAAGCUUGCCCCUUUGCAGGAGCGCAAGAUGAUUGACCGGUUUAGGCUCUGGGCUAAAGGAGGUGACGGGGGCAAUGGUUGUACCAGCUUCCGUCGAAGCCGGCAUGAUCGGCGUGGUAAACCUGAUGAAUGCAAGAAGAGGUGGUCACGGUGCUUCAAAAAAUAUGAUAGGUAGCAGAGGCAGCGACAAGGUUGUCCAAGUGCCUGUUGGUACAGUAAUACAUCUUAUGGAGGGAGAAAUUCCUUCUGCAGUGGAGAAAAGCUUUUCUGAAGCUUUGGACCCCUGGGAAAUUCCUGGUUCACUUGAUGUGGAGUCCAUAGAAUCGAUCAGUAAGAGUGAUGUCAAAGCAUCUUCUUGUGUAGGAACUGACAUUGGAGUGUCUGCUGCAGAAGAGCAAGCAGAAAUUAUAUAUGCUUCAUCUCCUCCUCAAGUCACACCUUCCAGCAAUAAAGAAGCUACUAAGUCCUGGAGGGAAGAAAGCUGUAGGGCAGGAGAAGGUCAAGACAAUGGUGAUGCUAUGUCUGAAGUAGAAUCCGAAGAAGAAUUGAAGGCAGCAGCGGAUAUCCAGUAUAAUGUUGCUGAAUUGACAGAACCAGGAGAACGAAUAAUUGUUGCUCGUGGAGGUGAUGGUGGCUUAGGCAAUGUGUCUUCUUCAAGAGUUCCUAGGAAGACGCCAAAGCAUGAGGCAUACAACGAUGAAGAGCAUGCAUCUGCCAGUGUGGGCCUGCCUGGUUCUGAGGCGGUUCUUUUAUUAGAGCUGAAGAGUAUUGCUGAUGUUGGCUUUGUAGGGAUGCCAAAUGCGGGUAAAAGUACUCUUCUUGGAGCAAUUUCAAGGGCGAAACCUGCAGUCGGACAUUAUGCAUUCACAACAUUGAGGCCUAACUUAGGAAAUCUGAAUUAUGAGGAUCUUUCUAUCACAGUGGCUGAUAUUCCAGGAAUUAUUAGAGGAGCCCAUGAAAAUCGUGGGCUUGGGCAUGCUUUUCUUCGUCACAUAGAACGUACAAAAGUACUGGCCUAUGUUCUCGACUUAUCUGCUGCACUAGAUGGUAGAAAAGGAAUUCCACCCUGGGAACAGCUCAAGGAUCUAAUUUUGGAGCUCGAGUUUUAUCGUCAGGGUUUGUCCAAUCGGCCAUCCUUGAUAGUAGCAAAUAAAACUGAUGAAGCAGGGGCUGAAGAAGUUUAUGAAGAACUGAAACAGAGAGUGCCUGGAGUUCCCAUAUUUCCAGUUUGUGCUGUUCUCGAGGAAGGAGUACCAGAACUAAAAGAUGGUCUCAGGAUGCUUGUAAACGGAGGAGAGUCAUGUAAACUGAAGUUGGAUGACAUUGUAAUUGACUAAAUUGUAGAGAUUCAUGUUUGUGCUGUUGAAUGAAAAAACUUGCGAUCAUCUUUUACGUGAAUAAAAAUGCAAAGUAGUUGUUCCUUUUGACGCA